AAGGCGGCGGCGGCGGCGGAGCGGCGGAGCCCCCCAAAUGGCCUGGCCAGAUGCGGCAGGUUUGCUGCUCAGCGCUGCCGCCGCCGCCACUGGAGAAGGCUCGGUGCAGCAGCUACAGCGACAGCAGCAGCAGCGAGAGGAGCAGCAGCGGCAGCAGCGGCGGCGAGAGCAGCAGCAGCAGGAGCAGCAGCAGCGACAGCAACAGCGGCAUCUCUCGUCCCGCUGCGCCCCCAGAGCCGCGGCCGUCGCAACAGCCGCAGCCCCGCAGCCCCGCAGCCCGGAGAGCCGCCGCCCGCUCGCGAGCCGCAGCCGCCGGCGGCAUGAGGCGCGACCCGGCCCCCGGCUUCUCUAUGCUGCUCUUUGGUGUGUCGCUCGCCUGCUACUCGCCUAGCCUCAAGUCGGUGCAGGACCAGGCGUACAAGGCACCCGUGGUGGUGGAGGGCAAGGUACAGGGGCUGGCCCCGGCCGGCGGCUCCAGCUCCAACAGCACCCGUGAGCCGCCCGCCUCGGGUCGGGUGGCACUGGUGAAGGUGCUGGACAAGUGGCCGCUCCGGAGCGGGGGACUGCAGCGCGAGCAGGUGAUCAGCGUGGGCUCCUGUGCGCCGCUCGAAAGGAACCAGCGCUACAUCUUUUUCCUGGAGCCCACGGAGCAGCCCUUAGUCUUUAAGACAGCCUUUGCCCCUCUUGACACCAACGGCAAAAACCUCAAGAAAGAGGUGGGCAAGAUCCUGUGCACUGACUGCGCCACCCGGCCCAAGCUGAAGAAGAUGAAGAGCCAGACGGGACAGGUGGGUGAGAAGCAAUCACUGAAGUGUGAGACAGCAGCCGGUAACCCCCAGCCCUCCUACCGCUGGUUCAAGGACGGCAAGGAGCUCAACCGCAGCCGCGACAUUCGCAUCAAGUACGGCAAUGGCAGAAAGAACUCACGACUACAGUUCAACAAGGUGAAGGUGGAGGACGCUGGGGAGUACGUCUGCGAGGCUGAGAACAUCCUGGGGAAGGACACCGUCAGGGGCCGGCUCUUCGUCAACAGCGUGAGCACUACCCUAUCAUCCUGGUCGGGGCACGCCCGCAAGUGCAACGAGACAGCCAAGUCCUAUUGUGUCAACGGAGGCGUCUGCUACUACAUCGAGGGCAUCAACCAGCUCUCCUGCAAAUGUCCAAACGGAUUCUUCGGACAGAGAUGUUUGGAGAAACUGCCUUUGCGAUUGUACAUGCCAGAUCCUAAGCAAAAGCACCUUGGAUUUGAACUAAAGGAAGCCGAGGAGCUGUACCAGAAAAGGGUCCUGACUAUCACCGGCAUUUGCGUGGCUCUGCUGGUCGUGGGCAUCGUCUGCGUGGUCGCCUACUGCAAGACCAAAAAACAGCGGAAGCAGAUGCAUAACCACCUUCGACAGAACAUGUGUCCAGCCCACCAGAACCGGAGCUUGGCCAAUGGGCCCAGCCACCCCCGGCUGGACCCUGAGGAGAUCCAGAUGGCAGACUAUAUCUCCAAGAAUGUGCCAGCCACAGACCAUGUCAUCCGGAGGGAAACGGAGACCACCUUCUCCGGGAGCCACUCCUGUUCGCCUUCUCACCACUGCUCCACAGCCACGCCCACCUCCAGCCACAGGCAUGAGAGCCACACGUGGAGCCUGGAACAUUCUGAGAGCCUGACCUCCGACUCCCAAUCGGGCAUCAUGCUGUCAUCAGUGGGCACCAGCAAGUGCAACAGCCCAGCGUGUGUGGAGGCGCGGGCACGGCGGGCGGCAGCCUACAGCCUAGAGGAGCAGCGCAGGGCUGCUGUGCCACCUUACCACGACUCCAUAGACUCCCUGCGUGACUCCCCACACAGCGAGAGGUAUGUGUCGGCCCUGACCACGCCCGCGCGCCUCUCUCCCGUGGACUUCCAUUACUCGCUGGCCACGCAGGUGCCGACUUUCGAGAUCACGUCCCCCAACUCGGCGCACGCCGUGUCGCUGCCGCCCGCCGCGCCCAUCAGCUACCGCCUGGCGGAGCAGCAGCCGCUCCUGCGGCACCCGGCGCCCCCCGGCCCCGGUCCAGGGCCUGGGACCGAUGCGGACAUGCAGCGCAGCUACGACAGCUACUACUACCCCGCGGCGGGACCGGGGCCGCGGCGCGGGGCCUGCGCCCUAGGCGGCAGCCUGGGCAGUCUGCCCGCCAGCCCUUUCCGCAUCCCCGAGGACGACGAGUACGAGACCACACAGGAGUGCGCGCCCCCACCGCCGCCGCGGCCGCGCGCCCGCGGCGCGUCCCGUAGGACGUCGGCUGGGCCCCGGCGCUGGCGCCGCUCGCGCCUCAACGGGCUGGCGGCGCAACGCGCACGCGCGGCGCGGGACUCGCUGUCGCUCAGCAGCGGCUCGGGAGGCGGCUCGGCUUCCGCCUCGGACGACGAAGCGGACGACGCGGACGGGGCGCUAGCGGCCGAGAGCACGCCUUUCCUCGGCCUGCGUGCGGCGCACGACGCGCUGCGCUCGGACUCGCCGCCGCUCUGCCCGGCGGCCGACAGCAGGACUUACUACUCCCUGGACAGCCACAGCACGCGGGCCAGCAGCAGACACAGCCGCGGGCCGCCCCCGCGGGCCAAGCAGGACUCGGGGCCCCUCUAGGGCCCCUGCCGCCCCCUCCGCCUCGCCCGCCCCACUGUCUUUAAGGAGAACAGAGACCGCCGACUGGAGAGAGAAAGGAGGAAAAAAAAGAAAUAAAAAUAUUU